AUGGCUACCGAAGGACAGCUUGCCAAGUUCAAGGAGGAUGGGUAUGUGGUUCUGGAUAACUUCCUCACUGAAGAUCAAAUUGAGAGUUUAAAGUCUGAAUGCUGGCGUCUGGUAGAGGAAAUGAAGCCUGAAGAACACAGCUCAGUGUUUGAGACAGGCAGUAAGCAGAAAAGCGAUGACUACUUCAUGAACAGUGUGGACAAAAUUCGAUACUUUUACGAAGCAGGUGUUGUUGAUGAAGCCGGACGUUUAAAGGUGGACAAACAUCGAUCGCUAAACAAAAUAGGGCAUGGACCUGAGGUAAUGGAUGGUAGUUUGAGAUUACUAGAGUUUGUGGUACCUGGACAUGAGGUGAUGGAUGAUAGUUUGAGAUUACUAGAGUUUGUGACUUUGAAAGAAUACUCAAAGCAUAUGAUUCAUUUCUCGAACUUCUAUUGGUAUUUAUUUUGUAUUUAUGUUGAUUUAUUCUCAUGUGCUUUUUCAGCCCUGCAUUAUUUAAAUCCAGUCUUCCGAAAAGUGACCUUUGGUACCAAAGUUAAGGAUGUGGCCAAGUGCCUUGGGUUGGUUGACCCUGUCGUGGCUCAGAGCAUGUAUAUAUUCAAGCAACCAGGCAUUGGUGGCGAAGUGGUGCCUCACCAAGACGCCUCUUUUCUCUACACCCAGCCUUUCAAUCUCUAUGGUUACUGGAUUCCCCUGGAAGACGUCACGCUGGAAAACGGAUGCCUCUGGUUCAUUCCAGGUUCACACAAAGAUGGUUUGCUCAAUAACCGCCGAUUUGUCAGGAACCCAAACUAUGCUCAGGAUGGGAAGCAAAUGAUUUACACCAAUCCAAUGCCAGAGAUUGACCAGUCACAAUAUGUUCCUGUAGAAGUCAAGAAAGGUUCCCUGGUGCUGAUACACGGUCUGGUUGUGCACAAGAGUGAACAGAACAAAUCCAACAAGUCCCGUCACGUUUACACAUUCCACGUGUACGAUGCUCAUCAGACCGACUACAGCCAGGAGAACUGGAUUCUGCCAACAGCAGCUGGAACUUUUGCAAAACUUUACCAUACCUCAGAGCAGUGAUCUGUAUGUCUGUGUUGCUGACAGGUGCUCUGGAUUCAGUGCAAUGCUGGUGAUCUUCUCAUACUGAAUUCAAUCCAAGUGUCAAUAAUCAUUAAUUUUUUUAUGAUCUUGAGAGACUGUAUAAAUUACAAUUCAGAUGUAUGAAUUUGCCGUUUUGCAAUUAGCGGCAUUUUGAAGUUAACCAUAAUUUUGCAGUUUAGCGUAAUUUUUCAGUUCAGCGUAAUUUUGCGGUUCAGCAUACGUGUCUGUAGUGAUAUUCAUGGGGCAUAAUGGCAUGGGGAAUUUGGAUGUUAUGUAAAUGUUUAGGCCUACAAAGGACACUAAACUUCCUUAUAUCAGGAGGUUAUAACUUCCUUAUGACCAAACUAAGUUGUGCUGGUCUGUCAUCUAA